GGCUCCAGCGGUAGCUUCUCCAACCGUCCGUCCGGAACGAGCCCGUGUGAGCGCGCGUCAUGGCCAAGACCCAGGAUGAGCCUGAGAUCAAGGACGAGGCUGAUGACAGCGGCUCUGAUGAGGAGAUGCCGAACCUCGAGGGCGCUGAUGCUGCCACCGCUGAGAGGGUGAAGCAAAACCGAUCUGAGAAGAAGAGCCGCAAGGCAGUGCAGAAGCUCGGCAUGAAGCCGGUGCCGGGGAUCAUGCGGGUGACCGUCAAGAAGAGCAAGAACAUCCUCUUCGUGAUCUCCAAGCCAGACGUGCACAAGGCACAGAGCUCCGACACCUACAUCGUCUUCGGCGAGGCGAAGGUGGAGGAUCUGAGCGCUCAGGCCCAGGCCACUGCGGCGCAGCAGUUCGCGGGCAUGGAGCCUCCCAAGGAGAUGAAGCCCAAGGUGGAGGAAGUCCAGGAUGAUGAGCCUGGCGAGGUCGACGAGGAGGGCAUUGAGCCGAAAGACAUCGAGCUGGUGACCAACCAGGUGAACUGCUCAAGGGCAAAGGCCGUGGAGGCUUUGCGCGAGCACAAGGGCGACAUCGUGGAGGCCAUUAUGCAGCUGUCCUCCAGCUGAGUGCGGAGCUAUUGAUGGACGGGCGGAGAAAAAGA